CACCAAGUUCGUCUCUCACCUGGUGAAAAAUCGACUGAACAUCAAUGCUGUGCCGGCCGCAUUCCUGCAGCUUCUAAGACCAGUCAUCAAUACUAUGUCACUGAUCUCCAUCUUGUAAUUUUUUAGGAUCACUCACCACGCGGCUCCAACAUGGCGAGAGGCAACAAAUUCAAGAAAUCUAAAGCUCCAGAAGAUCCAACAAUCGAUUUUCCGAUCCUCAAGAAAUUAGCUAAUCCCUCAAUACUUCCCGUCGAGUCUACGACCUCUCGCACACACCCUCGCGAUCCCUCCUCCUCAGACGACCACGCCCGCACCCGUCCUCGCACGGCUGCGAAACCAUGGGCAGAUGGCGACGAGGAGCCCCGCUUCGCAACCCCCAAUCAACCUAUCCAAUUUCAUUCACAGCAAUCCAAACAUCCAGAAGCCGUCCAACACAGCGGUCCGCCGAGCUAUUCAUCUCUCCUUCCCUCCCACCUCGCCACAAAUCUCGAAAAAAGCUUCGACGUACACGCACUGAACAUCAGUUCUGGAUCCAAGAUCAAUGCAAAAGUCAAAUCGCUUCUGGGCUUGCUCGAGAAUGGAUUUGACUUUGGCAAGACGGACCAGAAGCCCGGUGUCGUGGCGCUGACGGCGAAAGCCGGCACGGCGAAUAAAAUGAUUAGCGUGGUGGAGAUUGCGAAGAGGGAAUUGGAGAAGGAGAAGCUGAAGUGGUUUCAGUACUCGGCGGUGGGAUCAAGGAUCGAGGAGUUGAAAGAGAAAUUGAAGAAAGAAGAGGGCAAAGGGCAGAAGGGCAAUGGGAGGGCAUUUGGUGGUGACACUGCGGAUACGGAGGAUGUGAAUAUGGUAGAGGAAAUCGAAGAGGAAGCAUUUGAGACGAUGGUUCUACCGGAGAGGAAGAAGGUCAGAGCGGUGCCAUAUUUGACGGUAUAUAUGGCGAGGGUGCCGGUACAACUGCUGAAGGCGGAAUACGGAGAGCAGAUGUACGAUCCGAGGAAGGAUCAGAGAUGAGACGGACUAUAUAGCAUGAGAUAGUCUACACUCAAUUACUGUGAUGCCUUAUCAGGCCCUCUAAGAAUUUGAGCACUGGCGCUAAUUACUAUAUCUAUUUCUCGGAGCAUAGCCCGGGGCAC